GCUACACUGAGCACUCUCAGAACUGGGUUGUCCCUCCGUCGUGUGGCACUCUGUGUCAACACUGUACCCCACCAUGGCCGUGACCGCCUGCCAGGGCUUGGGGUUCAUGGUUUCACUGAUUGGGAUUGCGGGCAUCAUCGCUGCCACCUGCAUGGACCAGUGGAGCACCCAGGACCUGUACAACAACCCGGUGACAGCUGUAUUCAACUACCAAGGGCUGUGGCGCUCCUGUGUCCGAGAGAGCUCUGGCUUCACCGAGUGCCGGGGCUACUUCACCCUGCUGGGGCUGCCAGCCAUGCUGCAGGCAGUGAGAGCCCUGAUGGUGGUGGGCAUUGUCCUGGGUGCCAUUGGCCUCCUGGUGUCCAUCUUCGCCCUGAAGUGCAUCCGCAUUGGCAGCAUGGGGGACUCUGCCAAGGCCAACAUGACACUUACCUCUGGGAUCAUGUUCAUCAUCUCAGGUAUUUGUGCAAUCGCUGGAGUGUCUGUGUUUGCCAACAUGCUGGUUACUAACUUCUGGAUGUCUACAGCUAACAUGUACACCGGCAUGGGUGGGAUGGUACAGACUGUUCAGACCAGGUACACCUUCGGUUCGGCUCUGUUCGUGGGCUGGGUCGCUGGAGGCCUCACGCUAAUCGGAGGCGUGAUGAUGUGCAUCGCCUGCCGGGGCCUGGCGCCCGAGGACACCAGCUACAAAGCCGUGUCUUAUCACGCCUCAGGCCACAACGUCGCCUACAAGCCUGGAGGCUUCAAGGUCGGCACCAGCUUUGGAUCCAACACCAAAAACAAGAGGAUAUACGAUGGGGGUGCCCGCACAGAGGACGAGGUACAAUCUCAUCCUUCCAAGUACGACUACGUGUAGCACUCCAAGACACCUCGUGUGGGCAGAAGAAACCCCCCAAUUAGAGGUCACCCAAAAAACAAGGACAUUUACCUUGAUUCCUGAUUGCUUCUGACUCACAGCUGGAAGUUAGCAAAGCCUGUGGUGAGGCCAGAUGGUCUUGGCCACACGUCUCUGUCUCUAAAUGUUCCAUCACAAAACAGCUGGGUUCUCAGAUAUGAAUUAGAGGCUAGAGUUCACAUUUUCCAAUCCUCUAUUUCUUUUCUUUUAAUAUAACCUUCCUAAUCUGAUGAUAGAAUGUGGUUUGAAUUCCUAUCAGACACUUGGAUGAUUUAGGCAGACUCUCUCUCUCUUCUUUCUAGCCAAUAGCCCAUUGAUGAUCUAUUUCCCAACUCAUCUCCCAGAACAAUUCUGAAAGGAAAAAAAGAGAGUCAGUCGAAAGACAUCAUUUUCUGCUAUUUAAUUUUUGCCUCCCCCUCCCCCAGCUUGGCUACUAAUAAACACUGAGCAGAAGAGGUGAUGGAGAAAGAUAUCUGUAACAUCUCCAGCUCAUUAUCUGAGUUUCCUCACACUGUGAUCUUGAAUGUUACCUGACCAAAGUGAUUUCAAGUUGUGGAAACCACACCUUUCUGCUUCUGUUGGCAUCUACUAAUUCCAGCGAGACUCUCCCAGGAUCUCCUGGGCUCUCCACUGCAGGGCUUCUUUCUGUCACAGGCCAGAAAGUGUCCCUAGAAGAAUGAAGAAAGGAUUUUUUUUUUUUUGUCAUCUAAAUAUAUUUGGUAUUCUAAAUAUAGUUAGAAUAAAUAAUGUAUUAGUGAAAUGACACACUGUCUGUGAAUUAACCUCAUCCCUGCACAUGGAUAGAAGAAAAUGAAAAAAUAAUUGCUUAGAUGUUACCUCUAUUAUACUUCAUAAAAUCACACAAGUCCAAAUUUCAUGAAAUGCUCACUGAUCCUAAUUCUUUCCCUUUGAGGUCUCCAGGACUCUGAUUAUACAUGAUAGAGUCAGUGUAACCCAUGUAAAAACCAGAUAAUGGAACACAGCAGAUCCUAGGAAGCGAGUUGAAACCAGUUCUUU